CACCCAUGUGGAGCUGCUUGGCUUGUGUGGAGCUGCAUGGAGCCGUGUUACUCGGGAAUGGAGGGGCUCCUGUGGGGGUCUGCCCCCUGGAGUAUGAAGCACCGUCUCAACUGGACACCCCAUGCGCUGUCCUUCACCUGGAAUGACGAGACCGGGGCGGGGGCUGGAAAGAGGACCAAGACGUCCCACACCAGCUCCCACUCCACCACCAGCACCACCAACACCACCAGCCUCAGCUCCUGGGACAUCGACGGGGGACUUGCUGCUGACUUUGACGGAUCACUGUCAGGCCUGGGAACGGAGUUGGGGACCUCUAGCUACAACAUGAGCGAAGCUCUCCUGGCUCUUCCAGUGUUUAAACAAGAAAAUCUUGAAAGCGGGUUUCAGUAUAUUCUUGGAGCUGCAACUUCACCAGCUGUUAAGAUGAAUGAAGAGACACUCACCUAUCUAAAUCAGGGCCAGUCUUAUGAGAUCAAGUUGAAGAAACUUGGAGAUUUGUCUGAAUACCAAGGAAAAUUCCUCAGAAGUCAGGUUAAAGUGCUGUUCCAUGAACGCCGGUUACAGUACAUGGAGAAAGAACAGAUCGAAGCCUGGAAGAGGAACAGACCAGGGGAGAGAAUUCUAGAUAUUGAUGUUCCUCUCUCGUACGCGUUAAUUGAUAUGAAUCUGGACGCUGUUCGGUUGAAUCAGACAGAGUUUAUCUGGGACCCCACGAAGGAGACGGGGGUCUACAUCCGGGUGCACUGCAUCAGCACUGAGUUCACGGCAAAGAAGCAUGGCGGGGAGAAGGGCGUCCCCUUCAGGAUCCAGGUGGAAACCUACUCCAAUGGCCCCGAUUCAAAAUUAUUACAUUGUGCAUCCUGUCAAGUGAAAGUUUUUAAGCCCAAGGGCGCAGACAGAAAACACAAGACAGAUCGGGAAAAGAUGGAGAAGAGAUCAGAGGCAGAAAAAGAAAAAUUUCAACCAUCAUAUGAGUGCACAGUUCUAACAGAGGUGCCCUUAGACCAAGUACUGGCAGCGCAGGCUUCUCAGUUGUUGAAGUCUCCCACCAACAUCUCACCCAGUGUGUGUUCCAUCACUACCGUCCCCAGCACGCCAGACCCUCCGACGCCGGUACAACCGCUGAGCCCAUCACCUGCCACCCCAUCACCCCCCACUCACCUCCCCCCACGCAUCACCACCCCACAGGUGCUCACACCAGAGGCAGACCAGACCACCACGGGGCCCUUGCCAGGGGAUUCUACAUCUCAGGAAGUGGCUCGAUGGCUACACUUUAACAGGUUCACAAGUUAUACAAGGGUUUUUCAGAAUUUCUCAGGUGCUGAUUUAUUACGGUUAAGUCGAGAAGACUUGAUUCAGAUCUGUGGGUUAGCAGAUGGCAUCAGGCUAGACAACGCACUUCAGUCCAGGGCUGUGCGGCCGCGUCUCACGCUCUACGUCUGCCAGGAAGUGGAAUCAGGUGAGCUUAUCGUGUACCAUGCGGUGUACCUUGAGGGGAUGACUGUGAUGGAACUGAGCCAGAAACUGUCCCUCUUGUUUGGGAUUCAGCGGUCGCAGAUUGGAGACAUCUACAUACAGGGGCCAUCGGGAAUACAUGUACUUGUCACAGAUGAAGUUAUUCACAAUGUCGGGGAUCAGACCAGGUUUGCUGUGGAGGGAAUGAAAGAUGAUGGAAGUGACAAAUACAAGAUCUUAUUGAAGACUGUGGAUUGAAGAAAGAGAGGAUUGUGGUGAAAUAGACACUGUAUACUUCCUCUUGUGGACAACAGCUGGUCACUGGGCCGAGUGUACCACCGGUACCGACACCCAACCACCCCUGUGGCAGACAGUGCGCCCCAGGGUCCCCCACACCACCCCACACCACUUAGACUACCCCACACCGCCCCACACCACACCACACCACACCACACCACACCACACCACACCACACCACACCGCCU